AUGUCGGUGGAGACUAAGAUGGUGCUGGUGUCGGAAAUAAUGGUGUUGGUAUGGGCAACGGUGGGAAGGACUAGUAACUGCAGAAGAGUGGUGAGCAGAUACAGCACAGCUGCUGCCACUGAGGAUCCUAUUACGCCGCCUGUGAGUGUAAAAUAUACUCAGCUUCUGAUCGAUGGAAAAUUUGUGGAUUCUGCAUCAGGUAAAAAAUUCAAAACAUACGAUCCAAGGACAGGAAAUGUGAUUGCAGAAGUUGCUGAGGGUGAUGCUGAGGAUAUUAAUCGUGCAGUUGCUGCUGCUCGCAAAGCAUUUGAUGAGGGGCCUUGGCCUAAGAUGACUGCUUAUGAAAGGUCAAAAAUUCUGUUCAAAUUUGCUGAUCUACUUGAGCAGCAUACUGAUGAGAUAGCUGCUCUUGAGACUUGGGAUAAUGGCAAGCCAUAUGAGCAAGCUGCUAAAGCCGAAUUACCAAUGUGUGUUCGUCUAAUGAGAUAUUAUGCUGGAUGGGCUGAUAAGAUACAUGGUCUAACUGUUCCUGCUGUUGGACCAUAUCAAAUGCAAACAUGAUCGAUUGGAGAAAGAUGGUGGGUGGAAGUGGGAUUGGAGACAUGAAGGAGACACAAGACAUGAUCGAUUUUCUUUUGCUCUAUUUUUUUAGUUUUGUUUGUUUUUUUUUGUUUUUUUAUUUAUUUUUUUUUGACAAAAGAAACAGCUGAAAAGUCCAUGGCAAACAGCAAAUAUGAGUAUGUUAAGUCCUUUGAAGUACAAAAUUAUGUUGCCAUGGUCUAACUGUUCCUGCUGUUGGACCAUAUCAAAUGCAAACAUGAUCGAUUGGAGAAAGAUGGUGGGUGGAAGUGGGAUUGGAGACAUGAAGGAGACACAAGACAUGAUCGAUUUUCUUUUGCUCUAUUUUUUUAGUUUGUUUGUUUUUUUUUGUUUUUUUAUUUAUUUUUUUUUGACAAAAGAAACAGCUGAAAAGUCCAUGGCAAACAGCAAAUAUGAGUAUGUUAAGUCCUUUGAAGUACAAAAUUAUGUUGCCCACUCUGAUGGUUGUUGUCAUUGAUGGCUGGAAUAUUCGAAGGUUCUCUGAAGCUCAUAAAUUUGAGAAGCCUCGUGAUAAAAAAGCCUUGGAGUUGAUGAGUUCAUAUGCAAAUGCUGUCAUGGAGGAAUACACUGACAUAAUAUUUUCAUACGGAUAUAGCGAUGAAUUUAGUUUUGUAUUAAAAAAGGAGUCCAAAUUAGUUUUGUAUUAAAAAAGGAGUCUAAAUUUUACCAGAGACGUGAAAGGUUUGUGGUUGAAUCUACAUUCAGAUGUUAGUACCUGGGAUUCACAAAUUUCCUUGUUGACAUACUGAUGUUUUAAUUGCUGUUUCAUAUUGCUUUA